AUGCAGAGCGGGAGAUCAGCGCUGCCGCGCCUGAGCCCGUCGUCGAGCUCCUCAUUCCUGCGUGGGCUGGGCCUGGACAUCUCGUCAUCGUCGCCGGCGUCGAUGUCGUCAGGUCAGCAUCAACAACAGCACCACCACCACCAGGAGCCCAUGCAAAUGCAGUUCCCGGAGGGGUCGCUGCAGCAAUGGCUGCCGCGGUUGGAGCCCGAGCCAGCUCCGAUGAUGUCAACCGGGCUGGGCCCCGGGUUACCAUACGACUCUACCGGCGGUCCGAUGGGGUUGCCGGAGCUCAUGAUGGGCCAGUCAUCACUGUUCAGCGCCAAGCCGGCCACGCUGGACUUCUUGGGGCUCGGGAUGAGCCCCACCGGCCCAACGACGAGCAGGGGCCUCCCCGUGCUCAUGCAGCCCAUGGGCGGCCCGGACCGGCAGCGGGGCAGCGGAGACGUUCGGCUCCGGCCAGGGCGCUCAGGCCAAGCCGUGGGAGAGGAACCCGAGCAGCUCGCCGAUCCUGUGAAAGGACUGCUGGGCAGUAGUAACACGUAG